CAGUUCGAUGCGAUAUGUGGGUUAGUUUAGGUUGAGUAAAACCAGGACCAAAUAUUUUCUAUUCUCAAAAAUCACCCAUUCAGCGUGAACGAAACGAACAAUCAAAGCCAAAUUCGUUAAACACAUACAGGUGGAGGAGAAAGACUUGUUUAAAAAAGAAAAAGUUUCAACACAAAAAGUUUGAUUGAAAGAAAAGGUUUUUUAUUUUGUUUUCGAAAAUGUUAACUGGUUGGAGAAAAACCGUAUCAAAAUGUUUUUUGAUACCGCAACGUUACGUUUUGGGCAUCAUGGGCUUUUUGGCGAUCGUAAAUGCUUACACGAUGCGGAUUUCUUUAUCGGUCGCUAUAACAGCAAUGGUUGUACCCAGAAAUACGACGAACGUGACCGAUACAGACACUUGUCCGUAUCCGGAUGAUCACCAAACGGGAGAUGGACCAAUUACGAAUAGCGACAAUUUAUACGAUUGGGAUUCAGAAACACAAGGAGUAAUUCUAAGCGCAUUUUACUGGGGUUACGUAAUCACCCAUAUGCCGGGUGGAAUCCUCGCUGAAAAAUUCGGUGGAAAAUACUCCCUGGGAUUAGGGAUUUUAUCCACAGCAAUUUUCACUCUUUUAACCCCAAUCGUCGUUCAACACGGUGGUUAUCAAUGGUUAAUCGCUCUCCGAGUCCUCGAAGGAUUGGGAGAAGGCACCACUUAUCCAGCUUUAAACGCUAUGCUUGGAAAAUGGGUCCCAGUACAUGAACGAGCAAAAAUUGGUACAUUAGUUUAUGCUGGUGGGCAAAUUGGAACAGUUGUUGGGAACGCUCUUAGUGGUUAUUUAAUCGAAGCAACUGGGGAUUGGUCUUCGGUCUUUUACGUUUUUGGAGCGUUGGGUUUAUUAUGGUUUGUUAUUUGGACUUUGAUUUGUUACUCAAGUCCGGAUACUCACCCGUUUAUUAGUGAUGAAGAAAAAAGUUAUUUAAGAAAAGAAUUGGCUGAAUCGACUUCGAGCAAAUCAAAAAAGAUCCCUUGGAGGGCCAUUUUAACUUCCGUACCGUUGUGGGCGCUGGUUGCAGCUCAAAUUGGUCAUGAUUGGGGCUUCUUCACCAUGGUUACAGAUUUACCUAUUUAUAUGUCUGAUGUGCUUCAUUUUACGGUCUCCAAAAACGGUAUUUAUUCCUCUGUGCCAUACAUUUGCAUGUGGAUCGUUUCAAUGGGUUCCGGAUGGUUAUGCGAUUGGUUAAUCGUUAAGAACUAUAUGACUGUUACAUUUGCAAGGAAAUUUUUCACAACAGUUGCUUCCAUUGGUCCUGGAAUCUUUAUGGUAGCUGCAUCUUACGCUGGUUGCGAUGAUGUCUUAGUAAUCGCUUUAUUCACCAUCUCAAUGGGUUUCAUGGGCACCUUUUACUGCGGAAUGAAAGUGAACGCUUUAGAUUUGUCGCCGAAUUAUUCGGGAACACUCAUGGCCAUAAUAAACGGUUUGGGGGCCAUAACAGGAAUAAUCACACCUUACUUAGUUGGUGCUUUAACUUCGGGCCACACCGUUCAAGAAUGGAGGGUGGUUUUCUUCAUUUCAUUGGGCGUCUUCAUCGUGACAAACAUCGUUUACGUCUUAUUUGCCAGUGGUGAAGAACAAUGGUGGAAUCGCCCCGAUGACACCAACUUCCACAAAAGUAUCGAAAACGGUAUUUUGAGGGAAAAAGAAAAGAAAAUGGAGGCGAAAGCAAAUAAGAAGGCGGCAAAAGCAAGCAAAAAAUGAUAUAAAGCGUAAAUGUAGGGGAUUUUAGUUAGUUAUUAAAUUUGCCAUUUUUGCCAAAUGAAGAAAAAAAUAGUAAUAAUAUUAACCGGAUAAAACUCGUUUCUAUUUUUAAUUUAAUUUAAAAUAAACGAUUUCUGACGCUCAGUCAGAUCCACUCAUUAUGAAUUUCUAUGAAAUUAUUGUAAAUAUUCCCGUCCGUAUUGUAGAAAUGAAAUUAAGUAAAAUAAAAAUGUAUUUAUUUUAAA